AUGCAGCAGGAGGAGAUGCCGCGCUUGCCCGUCUUCAACCGCCUGAGCUCUGCCCAAUGGAAAUUGAUUUCAACGUAUCUCUCCCAUUCGCAGGUGGCCAGCGAUCAUCACCAGCCGCAGCAGCAACAGCAGCACCAGCACCAUCAGCAGCAGACAGCGGAUCAACUCAUCCUGGAUAUCAGCAUGGAGCAGUCACAGUCGCAGCAGCACCGCCUCCAUGGCGCCCUCACACGCACCAUCUCACAGCCGGCUCAACAGCGCCACCCUCUGCACCAGCAGCAGAUCCAACAACAGCAGCAACAGCAGCAGCAGGGUGUUGCCUCCUUGGUGACCAUCAUUGAGAAUCUGGGGAACAUGAAUCUGCACCGUAAGCUCGGGCGCACACAGUUGGAGCCGCUGCUCCAACAGCCCAUGAACAUAUCUCGCUACAAGACGGAGCUGUGCCGCCCGUUCGAGGAGGCCGGCGAGUGCAAGUACGGAAAGAAGUGCCAGUUCGCGCACGGCUUCCACGAGCUGCGCAACCUGCAGCGCAAUCCCAAGUACAAGACAGAGUACUGCCGCACCUUCCACAGCGUCGGCUUCUGCCCCUACGGGCUGCGCUGCCACUUUGUGCACAACGCGGACGAGGCCCGCGCUCAGCAGCAGGCCGCAGCCCAGGCGGAAGCGGAUUGGGAGGACAGGCCAAGCAGAUGCUGCAGAACAGCAUGAGCACGCCGAUGCAGCAGGAGGAGAUGCCGCGCUUGCCCGUCUUCAACCGCCUGAGCUCUGCCGUGGAGGACUACCAGCAGAAGCUUCAGUCCAGCCUACUGCCCUAAGCAGCUCCAGCAUCAGCAUCAACACGAACAUCAACACAGUCAAGCCACACCUCACCUUCGCCUUCGCCUUCGCCUUCGCCCUCGCCCUCGCCCUCGCCCAUUCACCCAGCAUCCUCCAAUCAUUCAGUCAUUCAGUCAUUCAGUCAUGCAAUCAGCCACAGCAACAGCAACAUUGACAAAAUCUCAACAACGACUACUCCGAACCAUUGUAGACUUGAUCCCCUGGCUGCUCCCUGCUUCCCCGGGAUAACUUCGUAUUCACUUAUCCACCGGGGGUCCGCAAUUCCCUUAUCCUUAUACAAAUCCUUAUCCAAAUCCAAACCAAAACACAAACCAUCAAACAACAACGAUGAUCUUGACCAACGAACAGCACUCUUCUUCCACAACGGAAACGGAACAGCACCGUAACGCAACUGAAUGAGGAACAGAGUGUUGCUCGAACACACAAAAACAAUUGAAACGAAAUCUGAUCUUGAAAACAAAACAAAUAAUACUUGUAUACACGCACGCGACUGUAUACAGAUCUUCGGUCUUGCAUUUAUAGGACCUAUUCGCGGACCCGCACACCCAUUAGAACCCAGGCACUUUUGCUCUUGUUUAAUAUUUAUGCAAAAAUUGUACUAGUUAUUACAUGCGAUCGGUCGUAUUGAGAAUCGAUUAUCAA